ACUCUCCCAUAUGUGAUAGGACCUUUCUCCUUGUUCUUCAUCUUCUUCUUCGUCACUCUCCACUUGGAGAUGAGCUUCUCCGCUAAGCCUCAGCCACUCGCUCUUAUCUCAUGCACGCCUCACUCCCGCUCCCUCCGCCGCGACUUCCUCGGCUGCGUCCACUCCCUCCGCCCCCUCGCCGGCGGUCUCAGGUCUCUCCGGCGGACCCGCGGCGGCAGUAACUUCGGCCGUCAGAGCCCGGCGGCCUCUCCGUCCAGGAUUCUGAUCAAGGCGUCGCUCAGCUCCCACUCGAUUCUGGUGUUCGUCGCCGUGGUCACGUUCUCGGCGGUGUCCGUGGUGUACUGGACUCGGUCGUUGAAGCCGAAGAAGCUCCGGGAGGCGAAUUCGGUUGGAGAUGAUCGGAGAAUUGACUUUGAUAAGCUGAAGGAGGAGAUUCGAGAGGCGAGGAAGGAGGAGGAGGAGGAGGUUCAGGUGCUGCAGUUUCAUAACUCGUCGGUGAUUUCAGCUCAGGAGUCGCCGCUUUCGCCGCUGGUGUUUGAGUCCACGGCGGUGCUUCAGCCGCUGCGUUACAACAAAGAAGUCACUGAGUUUGAUAAAAUCGACUCGCUUUUCGACUUGCCUAAUCUGAUUGGAGACUCUGAUUUCGGCUCUGCUGCGGUGACUGUGAGUGAUGAUGAGGAAGUCGUCACUGAUGAGUCAGAGUCUGGAAAUGAUGACGAAAGCGAGGCUGGUGAAGCUAAUGGAUUUCAAUUGCUGAGUGGAGAAUCGGCGAGGGAGGAGAUUCACAUGUUCUAUGAGGACAACAAGCAUGAGGUGAAGUUGGAUGAGAAGAAGUUCUCUUCAUUUCUGAGGAGUAGAACUCUCAAAACAUCAGACUCGUCUCAACACAUUUUGCAUCAGGUUUCUACAGAGAAUGUUAAUGGCCAAAUGCCGAAUCAGAAAGGAGGUCAUGUCCACAGCAGAGGAGACUUGGGAAAUGGAAAUAGACAUGUAGCUGAUAGAGAAUUAAGACAUUUGUCGAAAAAGAUCUCCGAGACUGUGCCCCAACUGAAUGGGAUACAGACAAGUGACACACAUUAUGUUUCUGAGCAAUUAAAAGCUUACCACCGUUUGCUGAAGGAUGGGAGGUUAACUGAUUCUCUGAGAUUACUCGAAGAUCUGGAGAAAAAAGAUUUGUUGGAUAUGAAUAAGGUCUAUCAUGGAAGGUUUUUUGAUACCUGCAAGAAGAAAAAGGCUGUUCAUCAAGCUUUUCGUUUCAUCAAACUGAUUCCAAAUCCAACAAUGAGUACAUAUAAUAUGCUUAUGUCUGUCUGUGCGAAUUCUCAAGAUUCAGAGGGAGCUUUCAAUGUUAUGGGUCUUGUCCGGGAGGCUGGGCUGAGAGUUGAUUGCAAACUUUAUACAACUCUGAUAUCAACAUGCGCUAAAAGUGGAAAAGUCUACACCAUGUUUGAUGUGUUCCAUGAGAUGGUUAGUGCUGGAGUAGAACCAAAUGUUCACACAUAUGGGGCACUGAUUGAUGGUUGUGCUAGAGCUGGGGAAGUGGCAAAGGCAUUUGGUGCUUAUGGGAUAAUGAGGUCUAAGAAAGUGAAGCCGGAUCGAGUUGUAUUCAAUGCGCUUAUUACUGCAUGUGGUCAAUCAGGAGCAGUUGACCGUGCUUUCGAUGUCUUAGAAGAAAUGAAGUCAGAGACUCACCCUAUAGAACCUGAUCACACAACUGUUGGUGCACUGAUAAAAGCGUGUGCAAAUGCUGGCCAGGUUGAAAGGGCAAAAGAAGUGUAUAAGCUGAUUCAUAAGUACAAGAUUAAGGGUACUUCUGAGGUUUACACAAUAGCUGUUAAUUGUUGCAGCCAGACUGGUGACUGGGAGUUUGCUUGCACUGUAUAUGAUGACAUGACAAAGAAUGGCGUGAUCCCUGAUGAGGUCUUCCUCAGUGCAUUAAUAGAUGUUGCUGGGCAUGCUGGAAAGCUUGAUGCUGCCUUUGAAAUCAUAAAGGAAGCCAGAAAUCGAGGAAUACAAAUUGGGACCCUUUCAUAUAGCUCAUUGAUGGGCGCAUGUAGCAAUGCCAAAAAUUGGCAGAAAGCAUUGCAUCUCUAUGAGGAUCUUAAGUCUGCUAAAAUUGAAAAGACCGUUUCAACUGUCAAUGCUUUGAUUACUGCCCUGUGUGAUGGAGAUCAACUACAGAAGGCUAUGGAAGUUCUGUCGGAAAUGACGAGCAUAGGACUGCGUCCAAACAGUGUAACAUACUCCAUACUUGUAGUGGCAAGUGAAAAGAAGGAUGAUCUAGAUGCUGGCCUGAUGCUUCUUUACCAAGCUGAAAAGGAUGAAGUUCUUCCAAACCUUGUCAUGUGUAGGUGCAUCAUAGGCAUGUGCUUACGGAGAUCUGAGAAGGCAUGUGCACUUGGUGAAUCUGUCUUGCCGCUUGACUCAGGCCGACCACAUGUUGAUAGUAAAUGGGCAUCAGUGGCCUUAAUGGUCUACCGGAAAACAAUUGUAGCUGGUGCUACUCCUACCAUUGAAAUUAUAUCACAAGUUUUGGGAUGCUUGCAGCUCCCUUACGAUGCAGCAUCUAAGAAGAGAGUAAUUGAGAAUCUUGGUGUAACUGCCGUUACAUCUAAAUCUUCAAAACUCUGUUCAUUGAUAGAUGGGUUUGGUGAAUAUGACCCUCGUGCAUUUUCAUUACUUGAGGAAGCUGCUUCACUUGGAAUUGUUCCAUGUGUAUCCUUCAAAGCUAGUCCUGUUGUUGUUGAUGCAAAGAAGUUGCAACUUCAUACUGCUGAGGUUUACAUCUUGACUGUUCUGAGAGGUCUCAAAUAUCGGCUUGCUGCUGGUGCCAAGUUGCCCAACAUGACCAUUUUACUGCCUGUAGAGAAGACAGAAUUUUUGUCUCCCAAGGGGAAGUUGAAGACGAUUAACCUUUCAGGAAGGAUUGGCCAGUCAGUUGCAUCACUAUUGAGAAGGCUUGGGCUAGAUUAUCAAGGAAAUGAAUCACGUGGAAAGAUAAGAAUCAGUGGUUUAACUAUGAAAAGAUGGUUUCAGCCAAAACUUGCUUCGCCAUUCACCGGGAAAGCAGAAGAAUUAGGCUCAUCCCAGUUACGGCUGGGGAAAGGAAUCACACAUCAGCAGCGCAGUAUUCGAACUGGAAAUCUAUCUUUGGAUUGAGGCACCAUGCAUAAUGAAGCAGCUGAGUAGUAUUUUUGAAGCAUCUAAUGCAUUUUUCCUAACUUCGGCUGAUGUUCAUAUACCUACCUGAAAUUGCUUUGAUUUUGGGAGACGAGAAGUCCAAAGCUUCUUUGCAUAGAGUUUUAUAGAAGAGUUACGACAGACGGCCGAGGAAUGAUAGUGUGGAGCAUCUACAUGGGCCGGAAUGCAAUUCUUGUGGAAAGGGGUGACAUCACUGACAUGCAUGAAAUCAUAUCAGCAUUGUCAGCAGAUUUCCACUGUGAACUGUAUGUUACACGGACUCUACCAUUCCACUUAUCUUUGCUGUACCCUGGAGCUUCUGUGAUGAGCUUUUCACUUGCAUCAUGGGAGUUAUACUUGUAUGUAAUAAGACAAUAAAAUCUUCUGUUGGUAUAUAUAAUAAGCGGGGUAAAAGUUCUACCAGAACAGGUAGAUAAAUCUACAA